AUGGAUUCUAAAGACAAGCGGAAAUUUGACGGGAAUACUGAUGAUCCUCAUCCUGGGACGGUCUCAAAGCAGCGGAAGGUAAUCGGACCUUCUCUCCCUCCGCCUCAAGAGACCGAUGCAGCGAACGGUGAGACUAGCAAUGAUGAUGAUGAUGGCCACGACGACGACGACGAUGAUGAUGAUGAUGAUGAUUUCGGUCCAAGCCUUCCUCCGUCCGGUCCACUGGAAGGCCUUGUACAUUCAGUGCCUACGGCUCCUACCGCUUCUGACAUAGCUAAACCGGUGGAAAAGGAAAGCCAGCGAGAUCAAUGGAUGCUGCAACCUCCUUCCCAUUCCGACUGGUCUUCCAAGGUCGACCCUACACAACUCCGAAAUCGCAAGUUCAAUACAGGCAAAUCAGCCACGGCACCUAAGAACAUGGAUUCCUCGUGGAUUGAGACUCCAGAGGAGCGAAUGAGGCGACUGCAGGAUGCAGUUAUGGGCGUUGCUGCCUCAACAAAUCAGCCCGAGGACCACAAAGGUACUACAAAGGCAAAGCUGAUGGAGGAUCAAAUCAAGAGAUACAAGGACAUGACUGGGAAGAACAGUCGGUUGGAAACCCAAGGUCAGACUGAGAAAGAAGAUGAUGAUCCAAGUGCGCGUGCCUUUGAUCGAGAGAAGGAUAUGGCAGUUGCUUCAAAGAUAUCCAGCGCGCAGCGCCGGGAGAUGGUAAAGAAGGCUGCGGAUUAUAACACACGUUUUACAAAGGGCAACUUCUUAUAG